AUGGAGAGGAGUAAAACAGACAUAAACCCUUCUGCCGGAUGGCUUAAUUGGUUGGUGAUAGUCUGCGUUCUUCCUAACAAAAGGGUUCCUUGGGGUUCAGUUGGCUGCCCCUUUUUGAACAGUUACCCAGAGCUUCACAAGAUCUUCCGCAGUGUAAAAUGGAGCCCUUUUUCACUUGUUGGCAAGAUUUGGAUAGAGCCGGUCACCAGUGAUGUUCCAGUGAGCUUAUGUCGGUCUUUCUGUGGCAAUCUCACCAUAGACUACCCUUUCGCCCUCCGUCCAGGUUGUGGCCACCCAGGUUUCCGUGAUCUUCUCUUCUGCAUCAAUGGCAUGCUCAUGCUCCACAUCGCUUCUGGUUCAUAUCGUGUCCUAGACAUAGACUAUGCCUACAAGGGUCUCAUUCUCCAUGACCCUGGGAUGUCUGACUGUUAUUCCUUAAUUCGCACAGCUAGUGGGAGUGGCAAUGGUUUUAUUGUAGAGCCAUGGCGCGCACCAUACCUUGAGCCAGCACCAGACAAUGUGUUUAUGCUACUGGGCUGCAGAGCUGAGUCCCCACUCUUUCAGGGAUUCCCUGGCAGGCACCUUCCAUGCCGCAACGUCUCUGGUAUGGGCUGUGAUGAGUACUACGCCUGCCCUGCCUGGGACUUCAAGCCUAGGGGUCGAGAAUCUGUAUAUGGGUUGGAGAGCCCGCCUCCAUGCUGCUCUGUGCCCUUUGGGGUGGUCCGGGCAAUCAACCUUAGUCAUCUUGGGUGUGAAGGAUACAGCAGUGCUUACAGCCUUGCGCCACUGCGGCCUGAGGGUCCAGGAGUCUGGUCCUACGGCAUUCGUGUGAGCUAUUCUGUACCAGUGGACCACAGUGAUUUCUGCCGAGCGUGUCAGGCCACUGGUGGGCUCUGUGGGUUCGAUGCUGCAACUCAAGGCAAUAUGUGUUUAUGUGAAGGUUGGAAUUCCACAUCCAACUGUGAUUCAGGGAAAUCUUUGGCCAUGAGCAUGGAGCAGGCCUUAUCUCCGGUGAUUCUCUUUGGAGGGUUACUGAUCUCCAUUAUCAUGCAGAUCUUCUCUCCAGUUUAAAAUCCUAUCUUUAGUAGUCCCCCAUUCAAUACCGUUUUGUGCUGCAGAUAACACUAUUGUACGUGUGCCAGUGUGCCGUUUUUGAGAAUGAGACCUUAAUUAAAGGAAUAUUCUGUUUCUAAAGAAAACCAACACUAUGAGCAUUACUAGUGGUUAUUAGUUAUUAUUGCCAUUGCUAAAAAAGUUGCAGGAACGUGAAGCCCUUUGCAAACAAAGUGCACCACUAAAUCCAAUGAAAUCAGAGAUGGUGGUGGCUUUUCUGAUUCUUUGUUCUUUAAGUAUCAAUUAAGCUAUACACUCUUGCUUCUCUUGUUUACCCCACCUGACUUAAACAUCAGGAUCAUUUAUAGAUAAUAUAUACAUAUUUGCAUACAUAUAUAUUA